GAGUUUGUUAAACGUACAUGUAAUGAUUUUGUAGGACAUGUUUACGUUCAACAAGGUUUUAGCAUUUAUUUGAGUCGCGGAAGGAUAUUCGUGCCACGGCUACUGUGAGUGGUGUGCAAUUUGAAAAUUACGCUAGGGACCUAGGCUAGCUAGCCAGCUAUAGCAUGUUAGCUGUCAGCUAGCUGGAAAACGGUUUCGUUGUAGCUAGCUAGUCAUUUACCUAGCUUGUUAUUAUGGUCGCUGAUCUAUUUCGAUAGGGCUAGUUGGAUUCAUAAGGGUGGAUAUUAUAACAUUAAAAAAAAAAACAUUCGUAAUAGAAGGUAAUAUGUUUGUCGAUUCAGUGAAUGUAUUGUUAACGUUAGCUAGCUAACUAGCUGGCCAAGAAACUCUGAGCUAACGUUAGCUUUGUUAAUUUGCCAGUUUGUAACGUAAAUGUGAGCUUGUAUUUCGCUAACGUCAAAGUUGGUUUAUAAAGGUGUUAAAUGGCUUUGUUAACUACGUUUUAAUAUGUGCUUGUUGGAUGCAUAGCUUCAAUAACUUUCAAGCUACAAACGCCUGUCACAUAAACUCUGCUCGCAAACACUUGUUUUAACUUUUGUGUGAACAUCAGUCGUUGCUUGGUCUGUCACCCUACUUGCUUUUUGCAUUAUCGACACAAUUUUAUCAACUGUUAUUGACAACAGUUGAGUGAUAUCUUGGUUCAGAUGACAGAUCCCUCUUAAGGUGCUUCCAAUAAUUUCAGUUGAAGGUAGCUAACGUUAAGUUCAGGGCUGAAAAUGGACAACGUUGAGGGAACUGAAAAGUUGACUCUACUGGAGGCCUCGUGUCUUUCUCCUAUGAGCAACAUCACAUCACGCUUGGAUUUCUCCCAGUUUACACCCUCCGAACUGGGUAUCUCCACCCAGAGGUUGACGCUAUCUUCUAACGUCAAAGAAAAAUCUUGUCUGGCUCAGCUGAAGGCGAAGCGGAGGUGCAAUGUUGGGGUACAGAGUUCACCAGAGACCAACUCCCUAAUCCGCUACAUAGCCCAUCGAAGGAGGAAAACUCCCCCCACAACACCACAGGACACCCAAGCCAUCCCCUUCUUUCCCAGAGGCCCAUCUACUCUAAAGCAGAAGAUGGCCAUCUUCCAGAGCAUUAUGAAUGUGGAGGAGAAUGAAGCAGUGCCAAAACAGGACAAUCACACAGGGGGAUGCAUCAAGACAAGAGAUGUUCUGUCUGGUGAUGGGUGGAGCUAUGAUGGUUACAGUGGUGGGAAGGAGAACAAGUCCCCAGUGAGCCAGCAUCCCUCUCUGACUUCCCCACCCAGUAAGAGGCGCUGCACAACACGCCCUCUGGGGGAGUGUGUGGAAGAGAUUAGGGAGGCCACCACUCCUGUCCUCAAACGCACUGCCACCACAUUGAAGCAGCAACAGAACAAGGAGGUUGCAGUUGUCCAGAACAAGGACCAUCAGCCAGCUCUCACUGUAGAACCUGCUAGUGUGUCUCAGUCACCAGCCCUGCAUACUGAUGCUGUGUCACAGAUCACCCAGGGCGAGCCACAGCCCCAGUCCUCUCCUAUGAAGCAGCAGCACUGCACUCCCACCAAGGAGGAGCAGGACCAGGAGUGCUCAUUUGAACUGCACAGCCCCAGCCAACCUCUGGUUUUGCAUUCAGGACGAGUCAGGACAACUCUGCCCCCGCUGUUCCCCAUGCCAUCUCUUCUGGAGAUGAACCCCACUGAUAAAGCUGAUGGUGGUAACGUUAACUCCACUAUGAAGAAGAAGCAGGUACGUUUCGGGAUCCUGCUGCCACCUGAGCUCUUUGACAAGAACCUGCCACCCAGCACCCCUCUACGGAAGGGGGGAACCCCGGCCCGCGCCCCAACAUCUGCCGGUGGGUCCCAGCUGAGGUCACUGCUGAAGACCCCCCAGAGGACCCCCCUAACCCUGGCCCAGCCGGACUUCAGUAGCCCCUCUCUGACUGGAGCCUCCCCACCCCUCACUAUGGGGCCCUGCUGUGGGGAACAGGAGAGCACCCACACUCAGGGAAAGAUCCCUUUCCCUUCAAUGGAAGAAGAUGUUGACAGUUCAUGGAUGGACAAUGCAGAGCUGGAGAAUCGAUCUCUGGAUCUGACCUCAGCUUUUCAAGAGGAGGACUCUGUUUGUGAGGAAAUGCCAGGGGUGUCAGUGAGGGCAAAUGAGAGCGGAGGUGUGUUUGCUGUAGAUGUUGCCCCAGUGCCUGACCCUGCCCCAGUGCCUGCUCCUGCCCUGGAGCCAGAACCAGCCGCCACAACCCGCUCUCGCAGCAGAAAGAGAAAGCAACCAGAGGAGAAGAGUGAGCCUGUGAAGAAGAGGUCGUCUCGUACGGCUGCCAAGUCUGCCUGUGGGAGGAUGAAGAACUCAGCAAAGCGUGGCUUUGGGAAGAAGUCAGUGGACCGUUCUCUGUACGGGAAGAGAGACUACGCAUCCAAGAACCCCACCCUCAGCCCCAUCACGGAGACCCUGUCCUCCCUUAGCCACUCUCCUCAACAUCCCCACAACUGCAGACGCACAGCCAAAGAAGACUCCAUCCUAUUAGAAGAUUACAUUAACAGUGACCCCAUCACCGGAGUGGUCACGGCUGCAGCCCUGAGGCGAAGCUGCUUCUGCCCCGCGGCCAGUGAGGACUCACCAGAAGACACCACCCCAGCUGCAGAGCCCUCUGAUGGGCCUUCAGUAGACAGCCAGAGCCCUGUGGGCUCCACCACCACAGACAGCUCUGGGACUGGAAGAGUAGCACAGGUCAGGAGAAGACGGCCAGGUCCAACAAAGACCUCCAGAACCAAAGAGCAGAGUAUUAUUAGAGUAGGCAGAGGAGGUAGAGGGAAGGGCAGGAAGGUGAGUGUUCCUGUUGAUGACUGUCUCAGUGAAGAGACAGAGGAGGAGGUAGAGAACACUGAUGCAGAACAAGACCUAACGGAAACAACUCAGUUUUCCGUGUCCAGCCCAGCCAAACACACAGUACCUGGUAACAGAGAGGGUGAACCUAAUACACACUGUACCUCAGCCCGUGUAGAUACAGAUACAGAUCAAUGCACUGGCACACUACCAGAUGCAGGUAGGAGUGGGGAUAGUCCGGCUAGAGCAGACACUGAUGCUACUACACCCUGCCCUCCUCCAGAUGAGGUUAGUACCACAGUGGCUCCCUCAGAGCAGGAGGCAGUGAGCCAUGUAGAACAGAGUCCAAACAAAGGCGGGCAGAGAGGAGCAGCUCGGGGCCAGGGCCGCUCCAGGGGUAGAAGGAGCUCUAUAUACACCAGCUCAGUCAUAGAGGAGAGAGAGGAGGAGCAGGCACCCCAGUCAAAUGGGCCAGAGGCAGUGGAGGAGAGAGGGCAGGAAGUAGAGAACGAUAACCACGGGUCAGAGAUGGAGCUGGGUAACAUUACAGAACAGGCCUCCACCUCCUACCCAGACUCCCUCCUUCCCCCCUGGGCACAGGAAGAGUUCAGCAUCGAUGACGUGCUGCGGCCUCUCCCUCGCAGGGGGCAUCGUUCUGUCCGCCGCAGUCUGAGGAACCAGAGCCAGAGCAGCACCCUGGAGGACAGCGGUUCCGGCCUGGCCUGGCUGCCCCACACCUCUCCGGACUCCCUCAGGGCCGUCCGCAGGAAGACCAGGGGCAGGCGCAGCUCCAUCCAGGCUCUACUACACCCUCCCCUGGAGGAAGUGGACCACGUUGACCUAUGAGCCACUCACUAAUGCUAGCCUGUCCGCUACCUGGACACUCUGGCUGUGAAUGAAAUGGCACCCUAUUCGUUACGUAGGUCGUUUACUUUUUUGACCAGGGUUGGCCAUUUUAUAGUGAAUAGGGUGCCAUUUUCGGAUGCACGCCUGCCUUUGAUACUCUGUUAGAAAAGCUAUUCGAGUUUUAUAAAGCACUGUUUUGGUUUUUAGUAAUUAAGUAGUGUAAAUAGAAUAAGAUCUUCCUUUUAAUGUGAUUUAACAGUUUGGCAGUUAAUUUGUAAUUUGCCAAGGCUCAUGGGAGUUGGAGAUGUACAGACAGUGCAUGUUUUACUCUUCGAAUGUAUACCUCCUGUAUUCAUUAAAUAAAAUGGGGAUCUUCCAAACUA